AUGUUCCGACCUGCAUACUUGCGCCGAUUGCCAACCCUAAAGGCCUCCACCCGGCUUAUUUCCACCUCGCUCAAGUCCAACCAGCCCCUGGCGACCAACAACCCUCCUGCUCCCCUGUCCAAGGCCGAUGUGCCCCAGACCAUGCAGCAGCUCGGAAACCUGCCUGGAGGCUCUCCCGUGACCGGUCCCGGCCAUCACAACCUGUCCACCCUCUCGCCCUCCCCCUUUGGAGGCGAUAUUGCAUCCGCCGAGGACCGAUCUUCCGACUCCCACGAGGCCCGUCUGCUCCCCGAGAACCACCCUCCCAUGUACCUCUCUUCCAUGAAGACCUCGGACGUGGUUGCUCUCAUGCUCACUUCGGCAGCAACUUCCCACCCCACUCUCAUCAAGCUGUGCACCAAGCUCAUGCCCUACACCCCCAACGCGCUCAUCAAGGCCAUUGUCUACUCGCUGUACUGCGGCGGCGCCAACCACGCUGAGGUCGUCGAGACCGGCAAGAAGCUGCUGGAUCGAGGCUUUGGCAACAUGAUGCUGUCCUACUCCGUUGAGGACGCCGAGGGAGGAGACUCUGCCAACGCUCUGAUGGACUCUGCCGUUGAUUCCAUCAUCGAGUCCAUUGACAAUGUCCUGGUCAAGUACGCUCACGAGUCCGAGAAGAAGACCGGCAAGUCCAUCACCGGCUUUGUGGCUCUCAAGCCCACCGGUCUGAUGAAGAACGCCACCGCCAUUCUCCGAAACCACGACAAGCCCGAGUACGCCGAGCAGUGGAAGCAGUACCUCGCCGUGUGCCGAAAGAUCUGCCGACACGCUGCCGAGAACGGUGAGGGCAAGGUUGGAAUUGUUUUUGACGCCGAGAAGAAGGUUCUCCAGCCCGGUGUCUACGCUGCCCAGCGAGCCAUGAUGCAGGAGUUCAACGUCAACGGAGCCGUCCCCGUGAUUGGCACCAUCCAGAUGUACCUCCAGGACUCCAUUAUUCAGCUGCAGGACGACAUUUCUCACGCCGCUGCCAACGGAUACCAGAUCGGCAUGAAGCUGGUGCGAGGAGCCUACAUCCACUCCGAGCCCGACCGAUGGACCACUAUUCACCGAACCAAGGAGGACUCUGACAUUUCUUACAACCGAGGCGUGGCUCUGUGCCUCGACGGCAUCAUCCCCGAUAUCCAGUCCGGCACCCACCACUCUGCUGUUGGUAAGCUGAUUGUCGCUUCCCACAACGAGUGCUCCAUGGCUCUGGCUGCCCACAGACUGUCUGCUGACCUCACUCCCGAGCAGCUCGAGUCCCAGGACAAGGUCAUCUUCGCCCAGCUCAUGGGCAUGGCUGAGGAUCUGGGUGAGGAGCUCGCUCACCGAGGCUACAAGGUGCUCAAGUACGUGCCUUGGGGUCCCGUUAACGAGACCAAGGACUACCUGGUGCGACGAAUGGAGGAGAACGGCGACACUCUUUCCGAUGGCGGCAUGACUGUUGCUUUCCAGUGUGCCACCGAGCUUGCCAAGCGACUGGUGAAGUAA